CGGUCGGUGCAACGAUAGCGCAACAGGCGGCGGAAUCGGCGUUCGCAAAUCCACGCUUGCCGCCGCCGCCGCCGCCGCCCCCGCGAUCAAUGGCGAGCCGAGACGCGCCGCUGGACGACACUGUCGGCGCCCGUGAGCCGCCCGCCCCCGCUGCACCUCACGACGACACCCGCCGGAAGGAACAAGCCCAGAUCGGCGAUGACUUGGCUGGGGAACUGGAAUUCGUCGAGCACUUGGAGACAGCCAAAUGUGGGCUCUGGAGCUGGCGUCCCGCAUGGUUGCAACCGUUCGCCAGCAAGAAAGUCUAUCUCGUAGUACAGGGGCUCAUCGGCCUUUUUAGCAUGGCUCUCAACUCAUACUUCAUCGGAACCAUCACCACCAUCGAGAAGCGGUUCCAAGUACCCAGUGCUACUUCAGGUGAUGAUCGCGUCGAGCCACGGGACGCGGGCUACGUGAGUUCACUGCUCGGUAGUGAGCUAUUCCGGCAGCCGCGGUUAGCAAGCCGCGCUUACAUCGCCAAGCGGGGCCUAUCGUGCAGCAUGUCGCGCUUGCUUCGCCGUGCCGCACUAUAUACGGCGCUGAGCGAACAUGCGUGCCUUCCCUGAAUUUUGGGAGUAUCGCGAAACCCAAACGUCCUCGAAACACCUCUCCAGCUCUGCAUCACCGCCGUUAUGCGGCCAGCCGACCGUUGAGGACUGUGCGCCCGAGAGCGGCUCCUUCGGCCUCCCCAUCAUAUUCUUCGUCGGAGCCAACUUCUUAAUCGGUGCAGGGGGCGCCAUGUACUUCACGCUGAGUGUUGCCUACUUAGAUGACAACACUCGGAAAAAUAAGGCUCCGUUCAUGAUCGCUGUAUCACUGGUAAUUCGAAUGCUGGGACCGUCGACUGGCUUUGUGAUUGCGUCUUAUUCCUUGGCGCAUUUUGUUGAGCCGUCAUUGACUCCAGCUAUCACCAACAAGGAUCCCCGCUGGAUUGGUGCUUGGUGGAUGGGGUACGUCGUGUUCGGGACGGUGCUGUGCUUGCUGGCGCCGGUGAUGGCUGCGUUUCCGCCAGAAUUGCCCCGCUCCGCCCGGCGUCGGGUUCUGUCUGGAGGCGCUGCAGCAGCGCCGGCCCGCAGGUCUUUUCGAGACUUCCUAGCUCUCGUCGGACGUCUUCUCCGCAAUCGUGUGUACAUGCUCAACACCUUCAGCAGCGUCUUCUUCAUAUUUGGGUACAGUGGACUCUGGAAUUUCAUGCCCAAAUAUAUGGAGACACUCUUUCGUCAAACCUCAUCUAGUGCCAGUUUCUUAACAGGUACCGUGGGCCUAGUGUUUUCCGCACUGGGUGUAUUGGCGUCGGGGUGGCUGAUCACGCAAUUCCGCCCCCGGCCACGACUCCUGGCAGCGUGGAACAUAUUCGCCGAGGUGCUGGACGUGGUAGGCUAUAGCAGCUGGGCCUUCUUGGGUUGUCCCGCUAACCGAUUGCAAGGGACCUUUGGCAACGAUGGCAGCUGGAAUCUGACUGCACCAUGUAACUCCGCUUGCGACUGUGGAAGAGAGAUGAAGUACACCCCUAUAUGCGUAACAGAGUCAUUCACAACAUUUUAUUCGCCUUGCCAUGCGGGAUGCUAUCUCACAGAAGUUAUGAACGACAAAAGGACCUUCAGUAAUUGUUCAUGUGCUCUAAACAACAAAGUUGUUGAUGGUGCAUGCAUAACAGAUUGCUCUGGCAAUUUUACUGUGUUCCUUAUAAUGCAGAGUAUUCUGAGAUUUCUUCAAGCUACAGGGAAGUCAGGAAAUAUGCUCCUACAAUUUAGGAGUGUGAAUGAAGACGAUAAAUCAAUGUCUAUUGCUAUCAUGGAAAUUCUACUCUGUUGUCUUGUUUACAUCCCUGCACCUAUUGUCUUCGGCAUUAUUUUAGAUUCUGUGUGCCUUGUUUGGGGUGAGACAUGUGGGCACAGUGGUAACUGCUGGUUUUAUGAUGGACACAUGUUGCGAUACGUGAUUAACUUUACUGCCUCAGGUUGUCUUGCAUUAGGCUUAAUUUUGGAUAUUGGAGUUUGGUUUUAUGCCAAAGAUCUUCAGGUUUAUGAUAAUGAUCUUUCAACUCCUGAAGCUCAGGAACCCCUGAAGAAGUAAACUUCAAAAUGUAAAAAUCCAACAAAGAAGACUGCUCUCAUUACAUUAUAUACACCUAUUUAAGUAAAAGUUAUUUUUAUUUAUUGUUUUUAUUAGUGUAUGUACUCAAAUAUUUUUGUCAACACUAGUAAAUGUGAUGACUGACUGAAAUAUAACAUUUUUUUGUACAAAUGAUAGUUAAUCUAUUAUAUUUAAAUUUCUUUAUUACCCAAAUUAUUCACAAACCAUACUCUUAUCUAAAUUUAACAAUUUGAUUUAAAAUCUUAUAAAAGCUUUCUUAUUAUACUUGAAAUAAUGAAUAGUACACAAUUGUUGAUAAGAACAAUUAUUUUACAAACAAUU